CUCAGCGAGUGAGUGGCGCCCAUGCACGCACGCGUUGAAAGUGACUCUGAUUGCAAAGCUGACCCAAAAGGUUUCCAGGAUCCGCUUCCUGUCCUCGCUCACUCCCACGGACCAUCCUGAGCUCCGUUAAGCAACUCUGAAUUCCUCAGAAACCAGAAACUCCAAGGAAAAAAAGGGCGUUUGGUUCCAGUUCGGGAGGAAGAGAAGACGCGCAUCCUCACCUGCACUUGUAACUUUUUGGAUCCAAGGUCCGGCUCCGAGUUCCUGAUCAGAGUGUGAUCCGUGCGGGCGCCGAACCUAACCAAGCUCAGCCCUGGAUUCACUACUGCUGAUCAAUGGACAGAACCUCCUCGGCGGCCAGCAGCGCUACACACACGCCGUGAACCCCUCUUUUUCUCUGGCUGGAGCUCCGCUGGGGAUCUGGAAGAGGAUGGAGAGAGGAGAGGAGAGUCCCGUCACGCAGGACAGUCCCGAGCGCAGAGGGGGCAGCCCAGACCUCGGCAGCCCGCCCCCACCGGGCAAAAAGGGUCGCAUGGAACUCAACGGCAGCCCCACGGGACCCCGCCUACGGCAAAACGGGGCACCGCUCAGACCCCUUGGAGGUCUGAUGAUUCCCGUCUUCUGUGUGGUGGAGCAGGGAGAUGGAGGGAUCCAGGCCGAUGGAUGUGACGGAAGGGAGGAGCACGCCGAGUUUGUUCUGGUGCGAAAAGACAUUCUCUUCUCCCAGCUGGUGGAGACGGCGCUGCUGGCCCUCGGCUACUCGCACAGCUCAGCAGCACAAGCCCACGGAAUUAUUAAAGUGGGGAGGUGGAACCCUCUGCCUAUCCACUUCCUGACGGACGCUCCGGAGGCGACUGUGGCCGACAUGCUCAUGGAGGUCUACCACAUGGUCACUCUACGCAUCCAACUACAAAGUUUUUCCAAGCUUGAAGACCUUCCCUGUGAGCAAUGGAACCACGCGACCGUUCGUAACGCUCUCAAGGAGCUCCUCAAGGAAAUGAACCAAAGCACUCUGGCCAAAGAGUGUCCUCUGUCGCAGAGUAUGAUCUCGUCCAUCGUGAACAGCUCCUACUAUGCCAACGUCUCCACCGCUAAAUGCCAAGAGUUUGGUCGCUGGUACAAGAAGUACAAGAAAAUCAAAGUGGAUUAUUUGGAGAAGAUGUGGUCAGGACGAGAUCCUGCCGACAUAAAAAUCGAGCGAGACAACAUGGCUGACUUCUGCAUGCUUGGCCAAAGACCACCUCCUCACUUGGCCGGCCUGGCGCAGCUCAGUCACCUGGGUGUCGGCGGGCCCCUCCUGAAGGCGGUAUCCGGAGAGCCGCAGGCGCCGUCGCAGCCUAGCCAGCAGCCUCCUCUCCCCCAGCAACAGCCCUCGCCGCACGGCCCCCUCCACCACAGCCCCCCUCUCCACACGGGCCAGGUGCCCGCACCGCCUCCCCACCCGCCCGGCGCCCUCCAGCCACUGCUGGGCCCGGGUGGGCUGCUCUCGCCUCAACUCUCCCCACAGCUGGUUCGCCAGCAGCUCGCCAUGGCCCACCUCAUCAACCAACAGAUAGCAGUCAGCCGCUUGCUGGCCCACCAGCACCCGCAGGCCAUCAACCAGCAGUUCCUCAACCAUCCGCCCAUCCCGCGGGGUUCCUCCAAAAUCGGCUGUGACCAUCCGGGAAACAACCCCUCGGCCUCUGAGGUUUCCUCUGAAAUCUACCAGCAGGUCCGAGAUGAGCUGAAAAGAGCCAGCGUCUCCCAGGCUGUGUUCGCCCGGGUGGCCUUCAACCGCACACAGGGUCUGCUCUCGGAGAUCCUGAGGAAGGAAGAGGAUCCUCGCACGGCCUCGCAAUCACUACUGGUCAACCUGAAGGCCAUGCAGAACUUCCUCAACCUGCUGGAGGGCGAGCGCGAUCGCAUCUACCAGGAGGAACGGGAGCGCACCAUGAACCCCACAGUGGGCCUUCCCCCCUCCAACUCCAACCCCGGCACUCCGCGCCUCUCACAGAAAGUGUGGGAGAGGAGCUUGGAUGAGCAGAUAACACCUGAUACCUGGGCCUCCAUUUGGAAGAACAAGAAUAAGAUAGCCAACUCGCCCAAGCCAACGGGUCCCGUGCCCGAUUUACCAAUCAAGCUGGAAUCGCUGGUCAACAUCACAUCGGGAAUCUAUGACGAAAUCCAGCAGGAAAUGAAACGAGCCAAGGUGUCCCAAGCGCUCUUUGCCAAGGUGGCUGCCAAUAAGAGUCAGGGUUGGCUUUGUGAGUUGCUCCGCUGGAAGGAAAACCCCAGCCCAGAGAACCGUACCCUGUGGGAGAACCUGUGCACCAUCCGAAGGUUCCUUGCGCUUCUGCAAACCGACAGGGACCUGGCGUAUGAGGAAGAGUCGCGGCAUCAUCACAGCGAGAGGCUACACACGGUCCUCCACCUGCCGCAAGACACACAGCUCUUUUGCCUUUCUCGGCAGACGCUUCACAGACCACCCCCAAGUCAGAUGAAGGAGCACCGUUCGUCUCCCAUGCGAGAAGAGCUGUUAUCGGCCCCUGGUAACGAGGAGGGCGCACAGACUGUGGUAACGGCGCCUGGAGGUGUGCAGAGCACCAUUGGUAGCUCUGGCGGCAACAAGAAGCCAAGACUGCGCACAAAGAUUUCUCUGGAGGCAUUGGGCAUCCUGCAGAGCUUCAUCCAAGACGUUGGACUGUAUCCAGACCAAGAGGCCAUCCACACCUUGUCGGCACAGUUGGAUCUGCCCAAGCACACCAUCAUCAAAUUUUUCCAGAACCAGCGCUAUCACGUCAAGCAUCACGGCCGCCUCAAGGAACUUAGCGAGGGGGCUACCGCCAGCGGAGGCGUGGAUGUUAGUGAAUAUCGAGAAGAAGAGUUGCUCUCGGGUUCAGAGGAUCCAGAGUCCAGUGAGGAUGGGGCGGAGGAAAUUUACCAAUCCGAGGGGAAUGGCGGUGGUGGAAGCACAGGAGGACUGAACCAGCCUCAAAUUUCCUCCAACUCUAACCAGGUGUCCUCCGGGAACAACUUGGCCCAGGAGGAGGGCAAGGACAAGAGCCACCCCAGAGCAGGUGGAAGCUCCUCAUCGAGUCCAAGGGAGCAGCCAGACUACCAAAGGUAGAGCCGACCCAACACAACAAAGACACAUCGAAGGGACAAGUGAAAGAAAGGACAACAAAACUGAUUUAUGUAUUGAUAAAUGGAGUAUGGUAUAAAUGUACAGCCGAAGCAGGCACAGGAAUCAUAAACCACUGGCCAGAAACAUUUUGACAAUCUUGGACAUGCUUUUUACUUUGGCCCCGAAACAAUGUGUGGGCCGUGUGUAAAUGUGAAAACAUCUCAAUAGCUCAACUAAAGCUGCUCAUGUGGUCAAUUUACUCAAAGAAGAACUCAAGAGCUCCUCAAAAUGGGUUGGCAGGGUAGGAUCAGCUCGAGCCAAAGACCGUUGCAUUCAUCUCUUGAGUCUGAGCAGCACAGUCACGUCAGACCCUCAAAGUCCAGGAAGAACUUUCACGGACUUGGCCCUUCGGAGACCUCUCGUAAAACCUCAGGAUGGACACUUGUGUUACUAAUGCUGUUCCUUACCUGAGAAGACCAAUCAAUCAUCCCAAGUAGCCCUUGAGAAUCACUACCGGUCCUAUCUAGCACUUAUGAAUAUUUUGUGGAUGUGAUGUACUCUUGCCUAGCCUCACCCUCGAACCCACUUAUGCUAUCAAGUCUCACCAAAUUGUGAGCUUAAUAAAGAAAUCACAAGAGGACACUAUGGACUGUUUUGCAAGGAUGUGGCACAAAGAGACGCUCAUCCCUAUGCCUUGAACCUUACUCCAUCCACAUGUGUCAAGAAGAAGCCCCCCCAAAAAAAAGGUACACGUGCGAAGUUUCAGCAGCCAAGCAAUCAGUCACUUUACGAGCGGUCGGCUAUCCCUUCCACCCCGCUCCCUCAUUUUCCCCCUCUAAUUGGUGCCCACAGUCUUGUGUCUAACCCCCCCCCCCUCCGCACUUAAACCUCACCAAGCCUAUUUAUUGCUAUCUUUAUCUAUGAUUAUUAUUAUCAUUAUUGUUAUUAUUGUUGUGAUUAUGGUUAAGAUUGCUAAGUGCGAUUUUUAAUUUUUGAUGUCCCUGGCUUUAAACAGGGGGCGGUUAUUUUGAUAACAGGAUGCACGAAGGAUGGAAAAUGGAGGGAGGGUUUUAAAAAGAAGCAGUUACUGAGUGAUAUUUGCUGGAAAAGAAAUCCCUGUCAUAUUGUGUUAUUUUGUUUGUUGCAGCAACAACGUGCAGAAGAGAAACGAAAAAAAAAAAUUAAUUAAAAGGGAAAUUGUGCUUUACUUUGCUGCAGUUGAUGACAAUCUACUUUUUUGAGCCAUGACAGAAAUGUGGCAAAUCAAUUUCUAUUCUGUAAUGUGUGUAGAUGCCCAAAGUGGGAUGAAUUGUUAUCGGUGUAUGUCUCUUUUUAAAUUUUCAGAGAAACUUUUAAGUGUUUGAGCCAGUAUGGAGCGGCAGAGGAGCAUUUUUUUUCUUUCUUUUUGUUAACUCAGUGAAAUCAAUUUGUUUCAUUGUGCCGACCAAAUCCAAUCUUUUUUUUUUAAGAGUAUUUAAGAAGAAGUGAAAAGUGUUUAAUGUUAAAUGUCCGGUGCAGUGGUGUACACAUACAGUAUGUUCAAAACAUUACGAAAAUGACGAAUCAUUUCUUAUGACCGAACACAUCAACAGAUGACCUGCCUUUUAAUUAUCACGUCAACACGGAUCAGAUAUUGUUGUGCUUUUCUGUAAGACAGGAAUCAUGGUUGAAUACAUUUCCGAUGAAAUAGUUCAUUUCAAAAUGUUCAUUCAGUGUUGAAGUGAAUAAAAUUUGUGAAUUCAAAAGAA